CUGUCAUCCUUUUUUUACAACUUGUUUUUUGCCUCUCCGCACCUCGACCAGGCUCCAAAAAAAGGUCUGCUUUUUGUCUCGUCUUGCGAACAAUCCGGCCUCGUUUACGUUUUCUGCGUUUCUUGAAAAGAUCAAAACAAAACCCCACACCCAUUCCAUCCCAACAAUCACAAUCCGCUCGCGAAGGAUGACCUCAGCCUCGUCAUCUACUGCUCCCCAGUUGGAAAUCGAGCGCAAAUUCCGCGUAACGCCUCCUGUUUAUGCCAAAAUACAAGAGCUGUGUGUGAGACGAGGAAAUCCGGCUGUAGACGAAAACUGUACUAAUAACACAAUUUCCAUUCGAGAUGUGUACUACGACUUUCCGCCGUCCUCUACUUCUGCAUCCGAGCCCCCAGGAGAGGACAACGCUAAGGAAAAUCAGUACCCACUCUUGCGAAACGAUCAUUGGUUGCGCAAACGAAAUGGGAGUUGGGAACUGAAAAAACCUUCAAAGAGGAUGGCGGAGACAGAUGAUACACAGAAGAAUCUUCGAGAAGGAGAAGAAUCUUCGAGAAGAACGCAGGAAUUUAUGAACGAGUUAUUCGAGGCAGAAUAAAAAGUAAGAACGGAGAGCACUCUAAAAAGAAAGGCCAUUAAUGCUGGGUAGUUAUGUCCAAUCAGAGGAUAAGAUGGAAGAACGAUCAUGAGUAUCUCGGUAUUCUUGGAUAAUGGGCUGGUGAGAUAAUCAAGAUAUAUCUUCCUUCUUGAUGUAGAUGUCCGUUAUUUUUAGUGCUCUUGCAAGAGCAUAGAGCAGCUGCAAUCAAACAGAAAAGACCAUUCUCUUCUAAUUUCAAUAUCGAGUUACAAGGCGAAGCGGAAAUCGAAAUGGCAAUACGACGCUUGGUGACAUCAAGCAAUGCUAAAGCAUCGUCCUUAUUGUCUUCCGCAACCCCUUUCGCUGAUCUCGAAACCAAACGUGAAUCCUGGACCGUAAAGGGACAGGGGGAUGUGCAUAUCGACAUCGAUCGCGUGCGUUUUAGAUGGCCACCUGGAGGGGAACAAGAUGAAGCAGCAGAUUCAGGAGAGUCUUUGGAGUCGGAGGACUUCGCGUUUGUAAUCGGAGAAAUAGAAUGCAUAGUGUCUGCGCCAGACUCUAGUACACCUCAAGUAGAGCAGGGAAUUAAGAAAGAAGUGCUGGAGUCGCAACGAGCGAAGAUAAAAGCUGUAGAAGAAGCUUUUCUUAGCCUAACUGUAACUGAGAAUGAAGAGAAUAACACUAGUACAUCACAGAAAUGUAGUGAUGACGAUCGGGAAAUACAAGGUGGCAAACUAUUGGUUUACUUACGUCGUUUUCAACCAAAACUGCUUCAGAUCUUGCUUGAUGGUGCUACAGCUAAAAAGAGAAAGACAUGACGUGUACAGGACAAGAACCGGUAGCAAGUUCGAUAACUUUGACUCUAUGAUUUAUUUUCCUUCGACUUUAGUCCCUUGACGCAAGAAUAUAAUGAUGAAAUAAUGCUAGUAGUCCUAGUCGUCCUAGUACUAAAGUUAAAGGGUUGUAUUUUGUAUACGAAACCUUCUCUAUGUUAAUGUUUUUGUCUUCUUUAUUCUUCAUAAUGGACGAUGUUAGUAGAACAACACCAGAUAAGGGCCACGACCUGGCGGAGGGCAUUUUUGGUGAUGAAAUAGCGUCUCCUGCACCUGAAGGCUUUUUAUCAUCGACGUGCGUGGAGGAUUGGAAUCGUUGGACUUGUAUGAUGCUGUCUCCAUAUGCUGUCUCCUGAUCUUCAUCAUGUUUCUUUCCCACUCAUCUGUUUACCUCCAGCUUGUCGAAC